CUGGUAGCAAUGCCCGCCGCUUAUGGCUCACCUCGCCGUUACGAUCGACUUCUGCUGGCGCUGGCGACGAUUCCAUUUCACGCGAUGAUACGAGCGCUCCGCGGAAGUGCACGUGCAAGGUCGCCCGCCACGUCGCUCCGUUUGCAUGUGCACUCAUGCACGGUGUGUUGCACAAGUUUGGUCAUUGAUUCGCUAGAUUCACCUCUUCCCAGGCUCACUUUCAGCCACGGUCUUCGUUUCACCCCCUUCCUUUGAGUGUAGGCGCUUCAUGCCCUUCGCAAACACCCUCACUUCUUUGUUAGCUUGCAGUCACCCACCACAUUCACUGCAUCUCCCUGGUGCCUAUCUACAAACUCCCCAACUCCUUUGACUUGUUCCCCUCCUUCUCAUCUCCUAUCCCAGCGGUCGCUCUGCGCUAUCCCCCCCACCUCCUCGCCAACAUGGCGAUCCUCGAUCGCGACAAGAUGACCGACGAGCGCGAAAUCAAGAACCACUUGUUCCGGUUCAACGGCCCUUACGACUUCACCGAUCUUGCCAAGAACAUCAUCCCCAACUCGCCGGACGACUACGGCGUCGUCUACGGGCUGGCUUCGAAGCAGGGCUACGUCAGGGUUAGGCUUUUGUCGAGGGAAACCGAUCACGUUGGAAAUGUCCCACUCCACAUCAUCGACAUCUCGACAGCCAUCCGUGGAGACAUGAACUUCAACUACAAACAAUUGAGGACCUUCAACCCGACAGACAUCAACACUGAGAAGCUGAUGACAAGAGAGCAUGUACAAGGCGGCACUGGAACCCAUUUCAGUCUUCAGAAACACGUGGAAGUCUUCCUGACUGGUGUGGUCCAAUACAAAAAUCGGAUUCCGGAGCUUGAGCGGUACAUCAACUACCUUGGAACUCAAAAGAAGAUUGAGCACACGGUUCAGUCAUUCAUCUACAACAUCAACAAGGCUUCGAAUGACCUCGUCAGAGUCCUGAGCAAGAAAGACUUCACCAUCAACGACGUCGAAAUUGCCACCAAGGAAUAUGGCAAUGAGACGCAGGGGAUCUUCGACAAAAGUCUUGUGCAAGGAGUCUACAUCAUCAUAUACCGAGAUUUUGACCCUUCGGACUUUGAGCACGCCAGGCUCGACGGCGUUGUCAAAGACAGCGAAGGUGGGGUCCUCCUGGGAUUCGGCGAUCAUGCUAUCUAUGUCGGCCAAUCGGUCAACAUGGCGGUUCGUCUAGGAUCGCACAGAUACGAUAUGUACAACAGUUCCAAGAAGGGCUACGGGGGAACCCACUACUACGUCGCCCGCCGUGCCAAAAAGUGGAGCGCAAGGAGACUCCUCAAUCAAUACGACGCCGAGGGGGGAAACGCAGUCCAGGCGGGCCUACUGCUUGACAUAUACGAGAAUGUCUUCAUUGUCUUGCUCAGAGCAUACCACAACGGCGUGCUCAACUGGAAUACAGAGACGAGGACUGGGGUAGAGAAUGUUGAGGAUGCCAUCACCAAAGACUAUUCUCGGAAAGAAAGGUGCCUCUUGUUUGACGAUCUCGCAACCGCAACAUCUCGGCAAACGGGAUAUGCUGAUCCCAAGGAUCCAGAUCGCCACAACGCAUUCGGGGUGAAGACAGGGUUGAAUGCUAGCAGCCCUAUGACUGAAGGAGAGCAUGAAUUAUACUCGAAGAGGAUCUGGAGUCUGAUUCGCAAGCCAGAGAUCAACCGUCUUGAGUUUCACCGCUCGGCCUUGAUCGCUGGAAGCGCUAGCAAACAGAUGACUUUGUUUGACUUGUCGUAUAAAGAGAGCUAUACCACUAUAGCUACCUUCAGGAUCCAAAGACCACCCGGCGACGAUUUUCCCAGUCCGGGGGACGAAUUCUACGCAGUGUGGGAAGUCAGCACAAGAGGAUCGCAUCCAGUGCCAUACUUCCGCAUUCAAAACAUCGGCUGCUGGUCAAACUGGGGAUACGCUCUGCGACUUGCGUUCAAGAUAGUGUGGAAGAGCAAGAAGACCGGCAAAUGGCGCACGAAAUACCUUCAAAGCGCAGGGAAGCUCCGCAGUCACGAUGCGAAGCGUGCUGGCUCUUUGGCCGACUACUGCUGGGGCGUGGCAAUCUAUGCAUACCUCAUGCGAUCAGCGUGGCCGGAGAGGCAGAGUUUCGUUCCAAAUUUCGGUCUGGCCCACGUCGUCGAGGUCACUGUCAACCAGUUUGAGCAGACCGCUCAUUGUGUCCCAGUCACGGAGCCACUACAAGAACUGAAAGGGCCAAAUUACGAGUUUUCUCUCGCUGUCGCGACGAUGAAGCGGCUUACCGUGCAGGUUGGGACUGUGACGCAGCGGCUACAAAACGUCAACGGCCCCUGGCAGUCGCUCUCAUUUGAGUGGGUAGAAGGGCACACACAGAGAUACAUCGACAACGCCAAAGCGGCGGGCAGCACUGCUGAGUCCGCGAGGGACGAACUCUCCAGGUUGAAGAAGCGCACCAUGUGCGAUUCGUGUUGGCUACAACAUAAUUCCUCGAAAGCAGGCGGACAGGUGCAAUGCACUCAAGUCAAGAAGUCUGACGGCACUCUAAUGAACUGGUGUGAGCCCUGUCGUCUCAAGGGGAUUGCAUGCAGUUGGACUCGAACGGAUUGGCUUGGUGGAGAUGGUUUCGAUGAACUGCUACCAGGGAAGGCGCCCUCCAACCCACAAUGCAGGCCUUUACGAGGUGCAUUCCACGAUCUGCUGCUCAAAGCGGUGCUCAAGCAGCCUCGCGCAAUCGAUGCAGCCACGGCAACAUACGAGACACGCGACCCUGACUACAAGAAAGUAGUGGGCACAGCGGAAGAGGGUGAUGAUGAUGAUGCUGAUGAUGGUGGCGAGAGGCAGGCAGAUGCUAGUAAAGGCAAGAAGCGCAAAGAGCCGGCAAAGAAGUGAGGUGUGAAGAUGGGAUUCGGGAGAGGAUAUCCUACUCGAGAGGGCGACAGACUACUGGCAUGGCUUCAUAAGCAAGGGCACUCGGUUCGUACAUGGGGGAGGCCGAGAGGAGAGCGAUCGCCAUCAUCAUCACUUCACGCGAUGAUGGUACUUGCGCUUGCAAUCCUCUUGGUUGCGGAUUUGUUUCUUUCAAUAGCUCAGAGUAGAAUGCACGAAUGGUACGUACCCUCAUUCUCGCGUGGGCAAUGUGUCUGCCGUGCAGUGGCGACGGCCUCGUAGUGGCGUCACUGCGCGUGAAGUAG